GUGACGCACCCGGAAGUAGCAUCAUGUCGCUGGAGGAUCCGUUUUUCGUCGUUAAAGGGGAGGUGCAGAAGGCCACGGCGCGUGCACGUACCCUGUUUGACAGGUGGGAGGAGCUACUACAGGAGGGAACCCAGGUGAGUCGUGAUGAGCUGGACUGGAGUACCAACGAGCUGCGCAACUGUCUGCGAGCCAUCGACUGGGACCUGGAGGACCUGAGCGAGACCAUCAGUAUCGUGGAGUCAAACCCGGGAAAGUUUCGCCUGGAAGACGAGGAGCUUGAGGAGAGGAAGGACUUUGUGGAAAUAACCAGGAAGUCCGUGCAGGAGAUGAAGGAUCAGUUGUCAAGUCCAUCAGCUGUGGCUCAGGCGGAAAAAAAAAACAAGCAGGCGCUGCUAGUAUCGUCUGUGUCGGAUCGCUCGACGCGACUGGAUGCCCACCUGGUGUCCACCAAUUCUAGAUACAUUCAAGAGCAGCAGGAACAACAGCAGCUGAUCAUGCAGGAGCAGGAUGAUCAUUUGGAGCUUGUGUCCGGAAGCAUCCGAGUGCUCAAAGACAUGUCGGGUCGUAUCGGAGACGAACUGGAUGAGCAGGCCGUCAUGUUGGGAGACUUUGCGGAUGAGAUGGACCAGACGUCGACCCGUAUGGACUCUGUGCUCAAGAAGCUGGAGAAGGUCUCGCACAUGACCAGCAGUCGGCGUCAGUGGUGUGCCAUCGCUGUGCUGGUUGCCAUCUUGAUCGUCGUCCUCAUCCUCUUCUUCACCCUCUGACCCCUCAAUUCC